CAUCGGCCCCGGGCAGCAUGGAGCGGCGCUCCCGGGUGCUCCCAACCCUCCUCGCGUGGUGCUUCGUCACCUUCCAGGCGGCCACCUGCAUGCAGGAGCAGCCCCACACCCAUGCCGAGGAACGCCUCUUCAAGUACCUCUUCACCGGCUACAACCGGUGGUCGCGGCCAGUGCCCAACGCCUCCGACGUCGUCAUCGUCAGGUUCGGGCUGUCCAUCGCACAGCUGAUCGAUGUGGACGAGAAGAACCAAAUGAUGACCAUAAAUGUCUGGCUGAAGCAGGAGUGGAGUGACUACAAGCUACGUUGGAACCCGGCAGACUUUGACAACGUCACCUCCAUCCGUGUGCCCUCUGAGAUGAUCUGGAUACCUGACAUUGUGCUCUACAACAACGCCGAUGGUGAAUUUGCUGUGACCCACAUGACAAAGGCCCACCUCUUCUCCAAUGGGAGGGUGAAGUGGGUGCCGCCUGCCAUCUACAAGAGCUCGUGCAGCAUCGACGUCACCUUCUUCCCCUUUGACCAGCAGAACUGUAAGAUGAAGUUUGGCUCCUGGACUUAUGACAAGGCCAAGAUCGACCUGGAGAACAUGGACCACCACGUGGACCUCAAGGACUACUGGGAGAGUGGCGAGUGGGCCAUCAUCAAUGCCAUCGGCACCUACAACUCCAAGAAAUAUGACUGCUGCACUGAGAUCUAUCCUGACAUCACCUUCUGCUUCACCAUCCGCCGCCUCCCGCUCUUCUACACCAUCAAUCUCAUCAUACCCUGCCUGCUUAUCUCCUGCUUGACUGUGCUGGUCUUCUACCUGCCCUCUGACUGCGGGGAGAAGAUCACACUCUGCAUCUCCGUCCUGCUGUCCCUCACUGUGUUCCUGUUGCUCAUCACAGAAAUCAUCCCUUCUACCUCCCUGGUCAUCCCUCUGAUCGGAGAGUAUCUCCUCUUCACCAUGAUCUUUGUCACACUCUCCAUCAUCAUCACUGUCUUCGUCCUCAACGUCCACCACCGCUCCUCCAGCACCCACAAGAUGCCCCGCUGGGUGCGCAGCUUCUUCCUGAACUUCAUCCCUCGGUGGCUUUUCAUGAAUCGGCCUCCUGCGCUGCCUCCUGGUGAUGGGGCUGCGGGGCAGUAUGACCUGCAGAGGACAAGGCUCAGCACCUCCCGGUGCUGGCUGGAAACGGAUGUGGAUGACAAGUGGGAGGAAGAGGAGGAGGAGGAGAAGGAGGAGGAGGAGGAGGAGGAGGAGGAGAAGACGUACCACAGUCGCAUGCCCCAGGGGGGCUCCCGCAGCCAGGGUGCCCAGUGCCGCUAUGUCUGUGGGCACCAAGUCAGGAAGGCAUCAGAGGGCCCAGCCCAGAGAGUGCCCUCUAAGGGAGAUGAUGCGGGUGCAGACAAGGGGCUGCUGCUGUCCCCCGGCAUCCUGAAGGCCUUGGAAGGGGUGCAGUACAUUGCUGACCACUUGCGAGCGGAGGACGCUGAGUACUCGGUGAAGGACGACUGGAAGUACGUGGCCAUGGUGAUAGACCGCAUCUUCCUCUGGAUGUUCAUCAUUGUCUGCUUGCUGGGGACCAUGGGGCUCUUCCUCCCACCCUACCUAGCAGGGAUGAUCUAG